AUGCGCGAGUCACUGCUAGGUAUGGAGUACCGUGUGCUUUGGGUCCAUCCGGACAGUAGUUGCAAGACGCUCUACUUACGAUCAUGGACACCUGUGGCCAAGCUUAGAAAAGACGACUUCGUGGAAGAAAUGGAUCGCGUCGACCGCUGGAAGGCUUCAUCUGUUUCGCUCUUCGAGGAAUUCUGGAGGACAGAUGAG